AAUUUUUGAAACGUUUUAUUAAAAAAAUACCAUAUUUAAAUGAUUAGACUAGCCAUUAGAAAAGAGAAAAGAGAAAAAGAGAGAUCUUUUUAUUUAACGUCCUUGCGAGAGCCAUAAAAAAAUACUAGGCCAAACCGUUGUCAUAGCAACGAAUGGCGCCAACAAUAAACUUCUGUGAUUUUUUUGUGAAAUUAAAACUAGCACGUUAUGAAUGAAAACAUAGAAUUAAACACCUAUACGGGAGAUGACUCGCUUGAAAAUGAUAUUCAGGAAUAUCAUGAGAUAAAACAAGACACAACACUUGAUGACAUCGAAACUUCCUUUUCAUCGAAACCAUCUCCAAAACGGCUGAACGAUUAUGAUUUUUUUACCCAGCACGAUGUAAAAACAGAAAAGAAGAAGCAUUUGAAAAAGAAAAAGACUAAGAAGAAAGAUAAGUCGACUAAUUUAAUGGACAUUAUAAGUUCUGAAUUAGCUGCUUCAGUGGCGCCUAUAACCGAAAACGUUGUUACCAUGGUGGAUGUUAGUAAAGAACGACAAAGUAGUUACUUGCGAAGUUUCUCUAAUACUUCGACAUUUCGAAAUUCUAGAACUUUUAUCUCUGAUGCUGAGAGCGGAUGGAAUUCCAAAUCAGAGCUUGUCAACUUAAGUCCCAUAUUUCCGAGGAUUCUGGAAAACGCAGUGACCGAAGCAUGUCUAGUCGAAGUCGAAUAUGUAGAACCGUGCACAUUUAACGAUAUCGUAGCCAAUAACAACGAUAAGAAUAAUGAGACCCCCAUUAAAUUCUUGGACAUAUCGAUAAGAAAUAUUACAGCUAAACACCAUCAUUCCUUUACAUUAGAAAAAUUACUUUGUUCGAAACUUUUAGACACAUACAGUGAAUACAGUCAAGUUCAAAAACUUUUGAAAAUCCUUUCGAAGGACAUUAAAGUGAAUAGGGAGACAAAGGAUAAUCUUAAGGCAGAUCUGAUGAAAGUCAGCCCCAGUAAGAAAGAGGACGUUCGGUUCGAUAAAACUGUUAGAAAGUAUACCGACAAACUCAUUCAACUGAAAGAAAAAUUUAAAGAAAAUGUAAAAUUAAAGAAACAAUGUAUGCACAAGAUAAUAUCGUUAUGGUCAGAUAUAGAAAUGAUAAGGGAGAAACGUGAGUGUACUGAAACACCGUACAUAUUAGACUUCACGAAAAUGGAAUAUAAUGAAAAUGAAUUCGAGAAACAUUGGAAUGAAAUGUUUAACGUAGAAUAUUCAGAUAUACUUGAUUUAAUUGAAUAUGAAUAUGUUACUAAUUAUAUAGAAUAUAAAGAAGCGAAAAGUGAACACAAAGGAAAUCCUGAUAACAAACCGAUCAAGCCCAAAUUAGUUUUUGAUGAAGAAAAAAUUAAAAGUGACGCAGAAAUGUUUGUUAAUGAGGUAGUCAAUAAAGAUGAGAUAGAAAUUGAAUUGAAAGAAGACCAAAGUAUACUAACAGAUUUUAAACAAAUAGGUCAACGCUUUCAAAAAAAUAACUAUAAUUUUCUGGUUUAUGUAGAUGAUGUUUUUGUAUGCGAAUCUGAAAAUUAUUCAAGUGACGAUAUGUUCAGCGUAGAGUUAAUUGAGAGUUUCUCGGUACAAAUUUUGCCAAAAAAUGUAAGUGUAAGAAUAGUUUUAAUAGAAAACGAUAAGAAAGUUUCAGAUUUAAAAAUAAACUUACAUGAUAUAAGAAAACCGAAUGCUCAUGCAGAUUUUGUAGCUGAGAACUUAAUUUGUCAAGAAAUUGUUGAACCAAAUUCUAAAUAUGUAGGCAGUGGCGUAAGUAUCAAAGAGAUAGCUCACGCUAACAAAGUUAGACUUAAGAGUAGUAAUCUAUUCAAAGAAAAGCUCUACACUAAUUACGAAAUAGAUAUGAAAGUUGGGUGGAACGAUAAAUUAGAACAAAACCAAUCUGAAGCAAUAAAAUCUUCUAGUGAAAUUGGUAGGCAAAUAAAAAGACUAAUAAAUGGUAUUGAGAAGCCAAGCUUUGAGGUGUUAUUAGAUGUAAUAAAUAAGGUCUACGAAAAGGAUGUCAGUGAUGAAACCAUGGUCGAGACAUUGCAAAAACUAAGCAAAAUGGAAAUUACAAACGACGAUAGCUUUCCUGUAGAUCAGAAUAAUCCAGACGUUGUGCGGUUGAAACUACUUCACUUGAGAAAUAUUGGAGGAUUUACAGGUAUAGAGAAGAAAUUAGUUCCUAUACAUGCAAGCCAAAUAACCACGGAACAAUUAAAUUGUCUACAAAAGACAAACGACAACGAUUUUGAUAUGGACUAUUUGAAUGAUAAAGAAAUGGAGAUGGAUCCUAUAGAGCUGCAGAGAUUUAUUGGAGCGAAGUAUGUCCAGAAACUAAAUAAGAACAUGCUGAGGAACUUAAAUGAAUACCUCUUACAGAAGACACACAAAGACGUGGUUAGGGAGUACAAAUUCAGUUUCAGAAGCUUAUUUUCCAAUCAAUCGGACGUUGGAGCACUGGCGACAGCAUCAAACUCUACCAAGCAGCAGAUUCUGAGAGAGUCACUGAGCAAAGAUCAGGAGAUUCAUGUGACUGUAUUGAGGGCAUUCAAUCUACUCGAUCGGAGUUCCACCAUGCUUGAUGAAGCACCUGAGGAUGAAGAGAAGAUUGCAGGUUUUAAGAUGAGACCACUAAGGCCAUUUGUUCGAGUGAACUAUAGAGGGGUUUCAGCUCAGACCGUCACCGCCAUCGGCUGCCACCCUUCCUGGAGUCACACCCUCAAGAUUAAUACUAAACUAGACCCGCUCUCAUCCCUCCACGUAAACAUUUACGACGAGUACAAAGUGAACAUAGUGGAAGGGUUUCCCGAGGAGGAUCACUCCAACAAGACCGUACACUACCGGUACUACAACAAGUGGCUUGGCACUCUCGAGAUACCGAUGUAUGCCGUCCUGACUUUGGGCACUCUUCGGGGCACAUUCAAGAUCACGAGCCCGCCACUCUUGUUUGGUUACGAAACCCUCCAAACGAAGGAGUCAACAUCGCUAAUCCCAGAAAUAACACAGCUCUUGAAGAAAGACACCGCAUACAUUACGUUAGAAAUAACAAGUAGCCUCUCACAUCUGGGAGGAUUACACGCUUACAACCAGCCGCUGCCAAGCUCAAUAGAAGACGAUUAUUUGAUCAAACAUUUGAACAAUUUCGUAACAGAAUACACAAACGAAUUUCCGAUGCGGAAUAUUUCUUUGACUUUUAUAGAUAGCAUGGGUAGGAAUAAAUGCGUCACACAAUUCCUGCAGCCGAUACCUUUACCCGAGAGGGACUUCAUCCCGAAGAAUCCAAGAGGAGACUCUGCAGUCUCGAAGUCUUCAGGGUUGUCAAAAAGUUCAUCCUCGAGUGGGAGACGGAAAGAGUUGGAUUUAGAUAAAGUAAGUCAAGAGGAGAGGGAGUCAGUAUACAGCGCUCGUGAAGGUGACAGUCUCGCGAGGAUGAUGAACGCGUGCAUGCGGUACGUGUCACUGAUACCCAGCUACGAGGUCACGGAGUCUCAUGCUGUUACGCUGCUGGGGCUUGAACUGCUAAAAGUACUUCACGGCUCGCCAUUGGACCACACCAUCCUUUUAGCCAGCUACUUCAUAUACCUGGGUAUCAAGUGCUGGGUGGCCAUUGGGCUGGGGUUACCUCGAGGGCAUAGUAGCUUCGUUCUCAUCAAGUACGACUUGACUACAAGGAGGAUAGUCCUGGAAAACGACCAGCUGUUCAGGAGUAGAGGGUUCUUGAAUAAGUCUGAUGGGUAUACCUGGUACGUAUGUGACGCCAGUAGCGGGGAGCGCUACGAGCUGAGAGAUGUCGGCUGUCCACUUAAGACUGUUGAUUAUGUCUUUGAUAAUGAAAAUGUAAGUGGUUAUCUAAAUAUUGGAAAACAUGACAGUGUUGGAGAUCUAGAAUUUAUCACAGAUAUCGAUUUUCAGAUAUGGGUGAAUGUGCAAUCGUCUCAAGAUUGUGAGAAUAUGUCAUUUGAUUUCACCAAAUCUUCUGAAUGGCAAGCUGUUUUCGACAAGACUGUGUUCGUGAUGAAGCAGCCGGUAGUGACAGACAGUGCGCUGUACUCCGCCCCUCCCAAUGUGGAGGGGCUGAGGAGUGCGCUGGAGACGAAGAUCAAGAGUAAAGUCCAGAAGUGGAGGUCUCACAUGAAGACUAUUUGGAACAGGUACUGCAGUACGUUGUUACGCGACAUGCUGCUUCAGUGGGAGUACUGGGUGUUUAACCCCACCGGACCCAAGCCGAGUUUCAGCCAGAAACUCAAACAUUUAAUGGUUACAUUUAAAAUAUUUGGGUUUCCUCUCAACUUGGCGUAUGUCAACACCAAGUCUGUGGUAUCUGCCAUCAAGAGUACAGGGCUGCAUCUGAGUGACGACCCUAACGUGGAGUUCGCGAUCGGUGUGGAGGUGUGCGCCUACCCUAACAAUGUGAUCAGUGUCUGGGUGUUCCUAGCCAGCAUCACUAGAGUAUAGCCCCAUGUCAAUGAACUAAUCUUUUAUAACAGUAAUAUAUGCGUUGAAAUUCAGCGUGUGUCAAUUUGCUGUGUGUUGGCUUCCAACUAUUUGAAUAGGAUUACAACAUACGUCAAUCAGUUUUUGUGGAAAGUGUAAAAGUAGAGCUAUGGUCGUGUUGCUUCGCAAGGUAAAUAUUUGGGUAACCAUCGUGCACCAAACAAAAACUUUACAGAAGAGCAAUAUAAAAUUUUAUUUUAAAACUCAUUUCAUUCAGGACUAUAAAAACCAGAUUAAUUUAAAUUUUAAAUAAAAAUAGAGCUUGUA